AAAAAAAAUUAAAGCACAUUUAAUACAGUGCAGAAAAUUUACUAAAGCCCUAGAAACAAAGAUAACAACAGCAACAAAUUAAAAAAAUUACACAUGUAUAUAUAAAAUGAAUUGUUCUCUGUCUCUGCUAGAGUGCCAGCUGCAUAACAACUCAUUGGCCGAUUUCACUCGAAUGCCACCUUCAAUACAAUAAAAACAACAAUGCUAACAACAAUAACAACGAAAGCUUGUACCUAAGCUCAUCACUCUUUUGCUUACGCUCUCUUUCUCUGGCAUGCUGUUGUAGCAAAUGCUCUAAAGCCGCCCUGUUAUGCUCUUAAUUUUGGAGAGAAUUCCUAUGCGCGUUUUUUCAUUUCGAUGCCUCAAUUGAGAGUGUGCGCCUAGAAGAUAUGCUAUAAUAAAGUACAAAUAGCUUAACGAAAACUAGAAAAACAAACGAGUUAUCACAACGUUUAGAACACGCGAGUGAAACACAACGUCGCCAGCUUAAAUUAAAAAUGAAAUACUAACACAUAUUAGCUACCUACAAAAAGAAAAUACAAAAAAGAAAACAAAAGCCUUUGGAAAACUGCAAAAGUUGCUAAAACGGCCAAGCAGCAAAAUUUUUUGAAAUUGCUUUAAGAAAAUCCACAAGAAAGUGUUAUGGAAAAACCUUUAAAUAAAGCCUUUGCCAACGGCUAAAGGCUUUGGCAGCAGUGCAAUUGUACAAAAAUGUGAAUUUAGUUAUAAGGGAUUAAGCAAAUGGUGUUAAGUGUAAAAAAUCUAAAGCCUACUUUUAGGCAGGGCUUUUGAAAACCCUGCAAAAAGCCAUAGUGAGAGAGCAGUUUUUUUUCGUUUGAUUUUUUUAAGUGUUUUUGCAAAAUUGAACUGGGGAAAAAUGUAAACUGGCGGCCCCAAAAAAUGUCCCCCCUUUAAACGACCCUUUGGAAAAAAAAAACAAAAAAAUAAUGAAAUGAAAUAAAAGAAAUGAAAAAUUAGUGAGCGCCUACAUGAUUACGCAUGAAACGCUAAUACGCCAGUUAUACACACACACACACUGCAAACAAAUACUUUCUGUGAGUGUGUGGGAAUAGGCAAAAAAAAGCAUGGAAAGAAAAAGAAAAUACUUGGCUGAAAAAAUAACCAAGGCGAAAAGUAUGCUACAGAAAAUGUGAUAAAAGCGAGAGAAAACAAAAAGUUAAAAAAAAAUUAUAAAACUUCUUACAGUAAAGUUUUUAAGAAAAAAAAGUGUUUAAGUGUUAAAUAUAAGACUACGAAAAACCAAAAAAAUAAGAGUCUUCUUUAAACGGAAAUAAGAAAAAAAUAAUAUAUUGUUAAUUACCAACCAAGCCGUAGGGCAUAACAAAAAUCAAUUUAAUCUUAAGCUUCUUAUAAAAAAUCAUAACUUGAUUAUUCACAACCACAACAACAAGCACCUUUAUACUCUUACAACAACCUUUCAAAAAAAAAAAAAACGCAAAGAAAAAAAUUCAAAUUACCAAAAUUGUUAGGCUAUCAAAAACCUUAACCUCUAACGAAUAGAAACCCCCAAAAUCGUUUGAAACAAAAAUCCAAAAUACCUAACCAACAACGACAACGAUAACAAACGGUUUUAUUGCCCCAAAAAAUUAUUAAAAAAAAAUAACCAACACAAAAGUUUGUAAGCAAAAAUUAAAAAAAAAAAAAACAAUAAACCUCAAAAUCCAAACACCUUCCCUAAGGAAAACAAAAAAGUUUUAGCAGAAACCAGAAGCAGCACAAAAAUUGAAAACAAAUCUAAGAGCCAUACCUCAAGAAAUAGACAGCUCUGCUCCCCUAUUUAUAAUUUGAGGUCCAAUGUUGCAGCAACCUGAGGCAACAUGUUUACAACAACCAACACUAGCAACAAAAUCAAGUAUUUCCCCUCAGCAACAACAUGAAAUCCUGGGAUGCUAUAGUAAGAAUACAUUCUUAUCUAAGGACCUUCAAGGGAUAACAUUUAGCCCCUCACCUAAGAGGGCUAAGAGCGAAAGCCAACAUCUAAAAGUUUAUAGGCAAACAAAAAUUUGUAGCAACAAUGUUGCCUUGCAUAGCUGGCAAACAAAAGAAAAGCAACCUCAGCAGCUUUUAUCACUAGCAGCAGAAGCAGGCAAAGACAACAUUUUAACCCUUAACCAAGGAUAUGGGCCAAAUGCACAAACCAAAUACAAUUUCAAAUCACCAAAAGCUAGAAGACAAGGCUUACCAAAUACCCCCCUUGUUAGGCCGCCAACUGAAGAUGAUGAAGAUGCUGAUGACGAUGGAGAAGCCGAACAUGUGAAAGAAAUCCUUUUCCCAACUCUACUAAAUAUGAAGGCACAAAACUCUAAACUAAAUCCUUCUCUCUUAACUGAAAGCGAAAGGCCACAAAGCCCCCCAACAAUGUUGCUAAGGCCUCAGCAACACAUGCAGCAGCGGCAGCAGCAGUCCAAAAUUAAAGCGAUACCCAAACCCAUAAAGGAAUCAUUAGAUUUUAAUAGUCGCCGGCGAAGAGGCCGUCUAAGGUCGGCCAUGCGCUGUCGCCAAGAUGACAACGAAAAUGUGACAGCCACAGCUAAUGGGAAAAGUGAUCAAGAGCAGGAGCUAAAGGCCAAGGCAGCUCGAUCAAAUGUGCCAGCAACAUUUGUUGUGUGUGUCAACAAUGUUGCUAAACAAUUAACAACGCUUUUGUUAACAAUGUUGUUAUCGUUUCUAAGCCUCCAUACCACUUUUGUAAAUAAAAUACAAAAAAAUAUAAAAAUAGUAUUAUCAACAACAACAACCAUAACAAGAAAAACAGCAACACCAUUAACAAAAACAACAGCAACAGCAUCAUCAUCAUUGUCGUCGUUGUCGUCGUCGUCAUCAUCGUCGUUGUCAUCAGCCUCAUGUUUAAAUAAUAAAAUUUGGAAUAAAAGUCGAAAAUAUUCCAAAGAAUUGGAAAACCCGAAACAAGAAGGAGCACUAAAAGCAGCAGGGAAAUAUUCUGACAAAAAUGUUGCUAGCAAACCGAAAAGCAGAACCAAGACAACUCCUUCAGCCAUAACAGCAUGGCUUAAAACAUUGUCCUCCUCAUCAACAUCAUCCACAUCAUCCCCAACGCUUUCCUCAUUAACUGCUCCCAAUCUUCUAAGCCGGCGUCUCCUCUAUGCCUUUCUCUUUGUUUCGAUAAUUUUGGUAAUACCCUCUCAUGAUCAUAUGGUCUCGGCCGCCAAACCCAAAUCGGCAACACAAUUGCAGCAUAACCAACAACAACAGCCGCCGCAACAUAACCAACAACAGCACGAACAACAACAGCAUCAUCAUAAACCCAAUGUGGUCUAUGCCGCCGGUGCCGACAAUGUCCAUAUUGAUAAGGAGGGCAUGCUGUUGACUCCACCCUCCUAUCAGGGUGUCUCAUCGCAAACAUCGAACGAGGAUGAUACGGAAUAUUUAACCGAUUCCGUUGAGGAGCAAUUAUUCGAUGAUGAAAAACAAAAUAUGAACAUAGUCGAAGAGGAGGAGGAGGCCGAGGAAAGGGAACGCAAUGGUUCAUUUGAGAGAGAUGGAAAUGAAACCCAUGCCGAUAAUACGACCAAAACGCCGCUCUUCCCCAAGGAUCUCUUCACCAAAGAACAGCUGGAGAAUGGUGCCGUCAUCUGCCACAUUAUCGGUGUGAUAUACAUGUUCGUAGCCUUGGCCAUCGUUUGCGAUGAAUUCUUUGUGCCUUCCUUGGAUGUGAUCAUCGAAAAACUAGGCAUUACCGAUGAUGUAGCCGGUGCCACAUUCAUGGCGGCCGGCGGUAGUGCGCCUGAACUAUUCACCAGCGUCAUUGGCGUAUUCGUCUCCUUUGACGAUGUGGGCAUUGGUACAAUUGUGGGCUCGGCUGUCUUCAACAUUCUCUUCGUCAUUGGCAUGUGUGCGCUGUUUUCGAGAACGGUGCUAUCGCUGACCUGGUGGCCGCUGUUUCGCGAUUGCUCCUUCUACAGUGUCAGCUUGCUGGUGCUCAUCUACUUUUUUCGCGACAACCGCAUCUGGUGGUGGGAGGCGCUCAUACUGUUUUGCAUUUACAUUGCCUAUGUGGGCUUCAUGAAGUGGAACGUGCAGGUGGAGUCGUGCGUCAAGAGGCUGAUAACGAAAAAUAAGGUGACUCGCGUCAGAAGUACAGAUCAGCUUAUGCCAGCAGGCAAUGCCGCCAAUUCUUCGGAAACCUCAAUGGCCACACAGCCCGGUGGUUCGGUGACAUCGAGAGCUGCCUCGGAGACGCGCUCGGGACCGCCCGGUUCGAGUAGUGGCGCUGGCACUACAGGUAAUAGCAGUGGUGGAAACGCAAGUACUACACAGACUGGUGCAAAAUUUCGUCAUGGCCUAUUGCAGCUUAUGAUUCACACAAUAGAUCCGCUACAUGAUGAUGAUGUUCCAGGCAAGGUGGACGAAAAGGCAACACAAUUACACGCCAUCGCCUCCCUCAAGGUGCUGCUGGAUGCCACAAAGCCACAGCGGGGUGGUGCCACAACAUCGGCUGCCAAUCAUGUGAAAAUCAAUCUGAAGGAGACCACACUGGCCGAUCGUCCCAAUGGCAAUAUCGAUACUACACUAGAUUCGCCAUCGUUAAGUGGUCGACGUGCGAGCUGGAUAGAUCAAAGGGUCAAAAUUCAAACGCGAAAAUUUAGCAUCAAACAAACGCAAGAAAUCGAAGAUGAACCAGAGCCAUUGAAUAUGUCAUGGCCCGAUACUGCCCGUAAGCGUUUAACUUACAUUUUGGUAGCCCCGCUUUUGAUACCCAUGUGGCUAACGUUGCCCGAUACGCGUACGCCCAAAGGUAAAAAGCUAUUUCCGAUAACAUUCAUUGGCUCCAUAAUGUGGAUUGCCGCCUUCUCGUAUCUCAUGGUAUGGUGGGCCAAUGUGGCAGGUGAUACCGCCCGUAUACCACCUGAGGUUAUGGGCUUAACCUUCUUGGCGGCAGGUACCUCUAUACCCGAUCUGAUAACUUCAGUAAUUGUGGCACGUAAAGGUUUUGGUGAUAUGGCUGUUUCCAGUUCUGUGGGUAGUAAUAUAUUCGAUGUUACUGUCGGUUUACCUAUUCCCUGGCUACUCUAUGGCAUCAUCUAUGAUGCUCCGGUUGAGGUGAACUCUGUGGGCAUGGUCUGCUCCAUAACGAUAUUGUUUAUGAUGUUGCUAUUUGUCGUUAUGUCAAUUGCCUGCUUCCGUUGGCGCAUGAACAAAGGUUUAGGUUUUACAAUGUUUUUGUUAUAUUUUGUUUUUGUUGCAGUUUCGUUAAUGUUCGAAUACGAUGUUAUAACAUGUCCAGUGUAAAAUGUUAUGCGACGACAAGAACAGCAACAACAACCAAAUCACAACCAGGGGAAAACCAAAAAACAAAACCGAAAAAAUGGAAACAAUUUGGCAAUGAAAAACCAAAACCACAAAAGAAAAAUACCAACAACCACUUUAUAUACAGCAACAAAAUCCCAAAAAAAAAACAACAAAUAUAUAAACAACAACCCCUCUCCCCACAAAAAAAAAACACAUAAAAACAAAUUAUAAGAAAUUGUUAAUAAUUUUUAAGUAAGUUUAUUAAGAAAAUUUAUUAAGAAGCGAGAAAACCAAAAAAAAAACUAUUACCAAAAAUAAAUAACUUAGUUAAAUAAUAAAACAACAACAAUAUAUAUAUGAGGAAAAUGAAGACAGCGUAACAAGAAAAUUACCAAAAAAAACUAUUGAUUUACAAACAAUCGGAAAGAAUGUAUUGUACUUUAGCAACAGCAACAACAACAACAAGAACAAAAAAUAUUUAGAUAAAGGAAAUUAUUUAAAGAUAUACAUAUAUAUAUAUAAAUAAAUUAAAAUAAAACAUGAUAAGAAAUUAAGAAAAAGUUAUAAAAUCGGAAACAUGCGUUAUUUACAACGCUAAAGUGCUCAUUUAAAUAAACAAAAAAAAAGAACAACCAGAAAAAAGGAGAAUAUUGUUAUAAAAAUAUUUUUUUUUAAUUUUAUAUAAUUUUUAUUUUAUAUAAGAUGAAAAAAACGAACAACAAAAUUUGAAUGUUGAAGGCUCUUUAGUUUUAUUUUUAAUCUUUAAAGACUUUUAUUUUUAUUUUUUAAGCCAUAGUUAGUUUCAAAAAAAAAUCUAUAAUUUCCUUCUUAACUAAAUCCCCUGCCGCUCUUUCUCCCUCUCUCUCUAUGCCAUCUCUUAAACUAUAGCCUUCCCCAGAAAGUAUGUAUGUAAUUAGCUUUCUUGAAUAUUGAUCGGAAUAACUUCAACUAGCUUGUCUAAUUGUUUUUUAAAAAAACAAAAAAAUAAAGAAAAAUGUUUAUUUCUCGAGAGAGAGGAAUAAACAAAAGAAAAAAUUAUUAUUAUAUUAUUUUUAUAUAUUUUCAUAACAUUUAACAGAUUAUCUCUGGAAAAAAUUUUUAAAAAAAUUGACAACUUAUCCUAAAAAAAAUCUUUGUUUUUGUCUAACAAAACUUAUUUUUUUUUUUAUUUUAAUGAAAUUUUUUCUUGAAUUGUUUGUUUUUAACAUGCGCCUAAAGAACUGAAGCUGAGCAACAAGGUUGACAUCAAUAUUCAGUAGCUUUCCUUUAACUAUAAAGUAGGCAUCUUCUUGUGUGCAAUAUAUUAUUUGGCAUAUUGUUAUAUCAAACAAACGAAUUGAUUCAGCCCAUUUAUAACAUGGAUUCAGUAGUUUAUUGAAAGUUUUAACAAAAAAAAAAUCCUACCAUUUGUGUGUGCGCUACUAUAUAAAAAUUCCCAAUGUUUUUAAAAUACGUAUUGAUAGAGAAUAUGUAGUAGUUGUUCCAUCAUCUUGUGACUUCACCCUUUUGAGCCUAAUUAACAUGUUCAUGUGUGCCACAUAGAUUGAAAUUAACUAGGCCUUCCUUUUCAAAGGAAUUGAGUUUAGAAAACUGUUGGAGCAUAUUCUCUGCUUAUAAACAUUUAUUUAUAAAUAACUUACACCUCUUCUUGUGUGCAGAAAUUUUGCACUACAAUAUUUUAAUACGAAUUGAUCUGUACAUGGGGUUAAAUUAGAAUAAUAGGUCUGCCGUAGCUCUAUCAGGAUGUACAAUACUUAUUUAUUUCCUUUCAAAAGUUAUGCAUUUUUCUGUUCCAUUAACCUUUGACUUUUGAUCUUUUCGAACCAGUUAAACUUUCUUAUGUGUGCAGCAUAUAUGACAAUUUUUUAGUUGCUUCAAAUUGAUUUCAGAUAACUGUCAGAUUCUCGUUUUUGCAUACAAAGUCUUCUUUCUCAAUAACUUACACUUCUUUUUGUGUGCAGAAGUUUUCCUACAUAAAUAUCUUAAUAUGAAUUGAGUAAGACAUCUAGUUAAAAUACAAUAAUAGCUCAAUUAAAGUUGCAGCGAAAUUUUUUCAGGUACAAUAUUUAAAUAUAAAUUGAUUCAGACAUGCUAUUAAUGGGAACAAAUUCAAAAUAACAGUUCUUUCAGAAUGUAAAAACCUUUGCUAUGUGUGCAAAAGCUUCCAAAAGUUAUGAAAGUUCUCUUGCAACUUCUUCUUUACAACUACGAAUUGAUUGAGUUCACUUAUGACCUUGCCUAUCUGUGCAUAGUCUAUCAAAUGAUAAGAGGACUCUCCUCCAAGAACAGAUAUUUACGAAUCAAAUCUAGCAAUUACGAAUUGAUUGAAGACACUUAUUACUUUCAAACGACAGCUUAUGAACAGUUUUAUCAGAAAAUAAUAGAUUCACAUAUGUAUGCAUUACUUAAAAAAAUUUAACAUUUUUGGUUAACACGAAUUGAGAGAGACUAUGUAAUAAACAUUGAAAACAGCCUGCAACUUCACCUUUUUGAGUAUAUUAAACUUGUUCAUGUGUGCAGAAGAUUUUUCCAUUUUCCAGGUCCUUCUUUGUCAAACGAACUGAUUUCAGAAAACUGUUGCAUCAUAUUUUAAGCUUCAGAGCCGUUCUUCGUGUGUAACGUACAACUCCUUUAGUGUGCAGAAGUUUUGCCCUAUAUAAAUACUUUAAAAUGAAAUGAUGUAGAUUCUUGGUAAAAAUUUGAUAAUAUCUCAGUUACACUUCUAUUACCCUUACUUAUGUUCGAAAGGUGUGGGGUUUCUCUUUUGGGAAUAAAAAUUUUAAAAAAUCCUUAAAUUACGAUUAUAUGUAUGCACACUUAUUAUAUGUGUGCAUUAGUUUAUCAACAGUUUUGUAAGAAAAAAUAAAAAAAUACUUUCACCAACGUGCGCAUUGCUUAAUGAAAAUUCGCGAUUUCGUAUAAACACGAAUUGAUACAGAUUAUGUGGUAGAGUCUUGUAGCAUGUUGAGACUACAUCUCUUCGAACAUAAUCUACAUUUUGAUGUGUGCAGCAGAAUUUUCCAUUUUUAAGUUCUAUUUUCUUCUAAAUUAUUGAUUUACUUGAUUGAUCUUCGAAAAACUAUUUUUUUUUUUCAAAGAAAUGGAUAAAAAAAUAUGUAGCUAAUGUUUUAAGCUACCUUUGUUUUCACCUUUUUGAGUCUAAUAAAUAUUGUCAUGAGUGCAAGAAAAAUGAGCAAUUUUAAAAAAUUGUCAAGUCACAUUUUCGGCUUGCAACUUCUUCUUUGUGAAAAACUUAGAAACAUUCGAUUCGAUUUGAUGUUAUUUUGAGCUAAGAUGAGAAUAAUAUCUCAGUAGCAGUUCUAUCUGAAUACGAAAACCUUACAUAUGUAUGCAUAUUCUCUCAAACAUUAUAAGUUUUUUUUUUCAGAAACCCGAACUAAGAAGAAUAUCUAAGAAUUGCUAAUUGAUUCAACACACUUAUGACAUAUGUACGUUAGUUAAUCAACAAUUUUUCAGAAAAAAUAAUUUCACUAUGUAUUUAUUGCUAUAAGAAAAUUCAAAAUUGUUCAUAAUACGAAUUGAUACAGAUUAUGUAGUAAAUGUUUGAAGCAGGCUGAGUCUUCAUCUUUCCGAUCAUAACCUACAUUUUUGUGUGUGCACAGAGUUUGGUAAUUUUUAGUUUCCUUUUCUCCUAACUAAGUGCUUGGUAUACGAUAAUUUACGAUUUUUUGUAAAAGUGAAUUGAUAGAGAAAACGUUUUAAAUUUUUUUUUUUUUUUUUGCAGGCUGAGAUUUCGUCUUUUUAAGAUAAUCUACAUUUUCAUGAGAUUUUGCCGUUUUCAGGUUUCUUCUUUUUCAAACGAAUUGAUUUCGGAAAACUGUUGAGUAAUUGAUUUUGUUUACAACUUACCGUAUCUUUUGUAUGCACUUGUUUUCCAGUAUAAACACUUUAAUACGAAUUGAUACGUGCCUGAGGUUAAAGGAAAAUAAUAACUCAAUAGCACAUCUAACAUAAUAUAUGACACUUGAUAAUAUAUACAUGAUAUUUCAUCGAUUCGAUACCUUAUUUUCUAUCUAAGAUAUUCGUCACUUCAUCUGUUCUAAAGCAAAGCUUUUUUUUAGUACCGGUUAGUUAAGCGCUCUAUGUUCUAGUUAUUUUUUCCAAGGGUGGAUUGUUUCGGAUAAUCUUAAAGAUUAAUAUGGUACUUAAUUUUUCAUGUAUAUAUUUUUCACCUUUUUCGUAUUCAUAGGUUAAUAAUACUUUCAAAUAUAAAACAAACAAAAAAAAACGGUGAAAAGAAUUGAUUUAAAAAAACUGUUUUAAACAAUUUUCAAAUUUUCUCAUGAUCUUGGAAACUAAAAGUUACAACUAUAGAGAAACUGAUUUUUAUCAAAUUUGCCUGGU